AGGUUCCUCGUGGUAUCUCAAGAGCUUCCCCCUUUAGUUUUAUUAUUUUACAUUAUUGAAAAUUUGUUUGACAUCGUGCUAGAAUACUAAGACGUGGAAAUACAAUAUUUCUCGCAAUAUUUACAUUAUAAACUAUAUUUUACUUGAAUAUCAUUCAAAAUAUAAAACAAAACAAACACGCAUCUUGACACACAUCUCGGAUUCAUCACACAUCUCAUACGCAUCUUACGUACUUGCGUAUUGGCUCGUCCAGAUUAUCUUCUCGUAUUUUGAAUUUCCACUACAAUUCCGAGCCUCGCUAAUAUUAAAUUUCUGGCUGAUAUUUUGAGAUCUCGGCUGAAUAAUCAUGUCGCAUGAAAUUAAACCGCAAGUCUAGUCGCGACUUCGUUUCGAGACGGAUUACAUCGUAUUUGAAUAAUGUGAGAUUUCAUCUCGCGAAAUUGAGACGAUGUUCGCGUCGACGCGGCGGAUGAUAUAAAUACGCGGAAAACGAAGGAUGUGUUAAAAAAUUGAAGACUCCGCGAGAAAAGCGGAGAACUUGGCAAUGGGUUCAUAUUGAUUGUCAUGCCGACGUGAGGGAAAGUGCGGGUGAAAAAAUGUUAGCUGCGACGGAUGCGGAACAAGGCGCGAACAAUAGCGUGAUAGUGUCGCAGUUAGCGAAUUCGCACACUCCACAGGAUUUCACGGUCUCACGCUUGCUAUCCACGCCGACGCACUCCUUGGAUUGCAGCGAGACCUCUUCUACUGCUGGGAACAGAAGACCCAGGAGAAGCAGGACUACCUUCUCGGCGCAACAGUUGGCCGCGUUGGAAAGAGUCUUCGAGAAGACGCACUAUCCGGAUGCCUUCGUCCGCGAGGAACUGGCGACCAGGGUGUCUUUGUCGGAGGCUAGAGUGCAGGUGUGGUUCCAGAACAGGCGAGCAAAAUUCCGACGUAAUGAACGAAGCUCGGCGAUGAGCCGGGGUGUCUCCGCGGGUAGAGAAAUAGAGACCGCGCUACCGCUACGUCCUAUCCGGGUGUCGCAUCCUCCGCAGCAUCCGGCGGAGAGUAACGCGGAAUCGUCACCGGGCGCAGCUACCACCCAAGUAACAGCGCAGUAUUCUUACGGCGAUUAUUGGCGAACGACGCCGCAGCAUUACGCGGUGCAAACCGCCGCGACCGCCGGUUGUCACGGCUUCGCUGCAAACGGCGGCCUGGCGAACAUGAGCUUGCCGCCAUACCAUCAUCAUCAGGCCGACAUCCACCACGGCACCCUCGACGGAACCGCCGUGAACGGCCUGAGCGCUUUGAGGCUGCGAGCGCAUCCCUACAGCUCGACAUAUCCAGCGAUGCACGCGAGUAUGUGACAUUGUUCCCGGAAAUCGAAUCUUCAAAACGCGAGAAUGUAACGCUAGGCCUCUGAACAUGUAAUUUAGAUCGAGAGAAUUUAAGCUUCCGAAAUCAGACUUAAGGCUCUUGAGUAGUCAUCGCAACCAUAUUGAAUCGUAACGUCAGAAGCGAGAAAUGACACGUUAAUUUUUAUUACGUGUCAUUUAUAAAUAGAGACAAUUUGGAUAAAACAAAAUGAGAUUGCUUUAAAACAUUUGUAAAAAUGGACGAAAACUAUCCCCCCCUAACAGUCAGGAAAUAAUCGUAAAAGGCAUCAUAUGCGUUGAAUAAAAGCACUUCAUGUGCCUUUUAUCACUUUUUACGAUUAUUUACUGACUGUCAGGGGGCAUAACGUGUCAUUUCUCGCUUCUGAUGUCAUGAUUCAAUAUGGCUGUGAUGACUACUUAGGAGCCUUAAAUUAUAAAAGAAUGAUAUUUUUCGAAGAAACAAUAUAUGUAUAUGGAAAGAAUGAUU